UCAGCACUUCUCUGGUCCUUCUGGACUGCCAUGGAGGGGAUGACGUUCUAUCUGGUGGCUGCUCUAUUGAUUGCUUUUCCAGCAUCUUCCCAGGGGGGUCUCUACACCCUCAUCACCCCUGGUGUUCUGCGAACAGAUACAGACGAGCAAAUUUUGGUGGAGGCACAUGGAGACAAUGCUCCGAAACAGCUUGACAUCUUGGUUCAGGAUUUUCCACGGAUGCAGAAAACCUUGUUCCAAACCAGAGUAGAAAUGAAUCCAGCGGGAGGCAUGCUUGUCACUCCAACUAUAAAGAUUCCUGCAAAGGAACUCAAGAAGGACUCGAAGCAAAUUCAGUAUGUGGUUGUGCAAGUAACUGGUCUUCCAUCGAAAUUGGAAAGGGUGGUUCUCCUUUCUUACCAGAGUGGCUUUGUGUUCAUCCAGACAGAUAAAGGCAUCUAUACACCAGGCUCUGCAGUGCGCUAUCGUGUCUUUUCUGUGGAUCACAACAUGCACAGGAUGGACAAAACUGUGAUUGUCGAGUUUAAGACUCCACAAGACAUUGUCGUUAGUUCUAAUCCAGUUGAUCCAAAGUUCAUCCGGCCUUACAAUUUACCAGAGCUUGUCAGUUUGGGGACAUGGAAGGUUGUGGCCAAAUAUGAGCAUUCCCCAGAGGAGAGCUAUACCGCAUGUUUUGAUGUCAGGGAAUAUGUGCUGCCAAGCUUUGACGUUCGUCUGCAGCCCUCAGAGAAGUUUCUUUACGUUGACGGCAAUGCAGAUUUCCGCCUGUCUAUCACUGCAACGUACUUGUAUGGAAAGAAAGUCGAAGGUGUUGCCUUUGUCCUCUUUGGAGUGAAAAUAGAUGGUCACAAAAAGAACAUUCCAGACUCACUCACAAGAAUUGAGAUUAUUGAUGGAGAUGGGGAAGCAACACUAGAAAGGCGCAUACUACGUUCUCGAUUUCAAGAUCUCAAUCAGCUUGUUGGGCAUACUCUGUAUGCAUCUGUAACAGUGAUAACAGACUCAGGCAGUGAUAUGGUAGUGACUGAGCAAAGCGGCAUUCACAUCGUGACAUCUCCCUAUCAGAUCUCCUUCAGAAAAACCCCCAAAUAUUUCAAGCCAGGAAUGCCGUAUGAACUGACGGUGCUUGUUACCAACCCCGAUGGCUCACCAGCUGCUAAUGUACCAGUGAUAUCAGAGGAAAUUCGUUCUGAGGGAACCACUUUGAGCGAUGGGACUGCUAAAUUCAUCCUGAACACACAAGGGAACAUUCAAAGCCUACCGAUCACUGUUAGAACCAACCAUGGAGACCUCCCAAGAGAACGCCAGGCAACCAGGUCCAUGACAGCCACAGCCUACCAAACGCAGGGAGGAUCUGGAAACUACCUUCAUGUAGCCAUUCCAUGUACAGAGAUUAAGCCCGGAGAUAACUUACAUGUCAAUUUCAAUGUGAGGGGCAAUGCAAAUUCAUUGAACCAGAUCAAGUAUUUCACAUACCUUAUAUUGACCAAAGGGAAGAUUUUCAAGGUUGGCAGGCAACCCAAGGGAGAUGGGCAGAAUCUGGUAACCAUGACUCUGCGUAUCACGCCAGAUCUCAUCCCUUCCUUCCGGUUUGUGGCUUAUUACCUCGUGGGAAACAGUGAAAUUGUGGCUGACUCUGUCUGGGUGGACGUGAAGGAUACCUGCAUGGGAACGUUGGUUGUGAAAGGAGCAUCUUCCAGAGACAAUCAAUAAAAAAGCCAGGAGAAGCAGUGAAUAUCAAAUUGGAAGGGGAUCCAGGUGCUCGUGUCGGUCUUGUGGCUGUGGACCAAAGCAGUAUAUGUUCUCAAUGAUAAAUAUAAGAUUAGCCAAACUAAGAUAUGGGACACAAUAGAAAAGAGUGACUUUGGCUGUACAGCUGGCAGCGGCCAG